AUGUCAUCCCUGAGGUUGAACACCAGGUUCCGGAGCCGGCGCGCGCCCCCGAGGCUGGCUGGGCGCGUCCCCGUCGCCGCUGCCUCCCCUCCUCGCCUGUCACUCCCCCUCCUCCCGGCGUCGGUGAGCGAGACUCUCCGCCGAGCGUCUCCCUGCAGCAGCAGCAGCAGCAGCCUGAAGCCGGGCGCAGCGUCAGAUAACCUUUGUGACAGAAUGGCAGAUCAGCAUCAGGACUUCACUAUGACAGAUGACCAUUUGGCGAGCCAAGUGAGGCGGAAUCAGACAGGUGAGCCUUACCAGGUGGGAGACGGAACGGAGCUUUCUCAACAGGGUCCAGCCCCUGUGGUCCAGGAGGAGGGUGGUGCAGAGCACAGAACGAAUGGAGAAAGGCCGUCCCUGGGGAUGGAGCCAGGCAGUGUGAAUGGGCUGAGGAAAGGCUCUCCCCUCCAGAUACCAGUUGAUGAUGGAUCUGACGAACCAGUCUCUGAGGCCUCUGACGCUAAGAGCACCCCAACUGUGGAAGAUGCUACUGCUCCGUUAGUGGAGGAGGACCGGAUUGCAGCUCGGCAGCACGGGGAGAUACCUGAAGGAAUCACAGCUGAGGAAGCAGGAAUAGGCUGUACUCCUAACCAUGAGGACCGUGCUGCGGGGGAUGCCCAAGCAGGUGGUUCCUUCUGCUUAAGAGAUCCAUUGAAAGACGAGGUCGUUGAGCAGGGAGACAUUGAAGACGAGGAUGUCAAGGAAGCAUCUCGGGAAGAUGACGUGGACGACAGAAGGGUGUCCUUAUCUGAAGAUGAGCACUGCGGUGCCGCGGUUGCAGAGCUGGACCCCUCUGAGUAUUUUUACCAAGCUGGACCUGAUGUCCUGAAAAAGAACAAAACAGAAUCCACGCCAGAACCAGGCGGACUUUCAGAGGAGAGGGUUCCCUUUCGGAGGGAGGCAACGGAAACUGUGCAGGUCUCGGAACAGCAGAAGGCUCCUGGAAGGAAAUCUGGCAGUUGUGCAUCAGAGCAACAGAGCAGCCGACUUCCGCAUCUGAAAGCUCGUAUUGACAACAAAGAUAAAAACGGGACUGGGAUUGAAGAAGCAAAGCCAAAGACAUCUGUACCGUCCUCUGUCAAAACCCAGAAAAGUAGAUCCUCUGUUACCCCCAAACGAACCUCUUCCGUUAGUUCUAUCCCUUUGAAAAAACCCUCCGGCCCUCCUGAGUCCUCAGGAGCAGCUUCUACCCCUAAACGAAUACCUUCUGUCACAUCCCGACUCACCAGUAAAGGAGCAAAAGGGGGAAAGAUGGAGGGUCCGGAUAUGAAAAAUGUAACAAAGAUAGCCACUCCACGUCCUGCUGGAGCACAAAAUCAAAAGAACCCAGGCAAUGCUUCGCGGAUCCCAGCCAAAACUCCCACCGUCCCCAAGACACCGCCCAGCCUCGCUGCCAAGAAGGAGCAGAGAAGGCCCCCAAACACGGCUGCAAAAUCGGAGAGAGGUGAACCGGUAAAGUCUGGCGAUAGAAGUGGCUACAGCAGUCCUGGUUCUCCAGGGACCCCCGGCAGCCGCUCCCGCACACCCUCCUUGCCCACCCCUCCCAACAGGGAGCCCAAGAAGGUGGCCGUGGUCCGCACCCCACCGAAGUCCCCUUCUUCUGUCAAGAACCGCCUGCAGGCAGCUCCCGUUCCCAUGCCAGACCUAAAGAACAUCAAGUCCAAGAUCGGCUCCACUGACAACUUGAAGCAUCAGCCGGGGGGUGGAAAG